CACAACAUCUUUACAGACGGCGCUCUUACCCUCGGAUUUGAAGACGGCCUGGGAGAAGACACAGCCGCGUCCGGUGCAGCGCCAGUAGUAAAGCACGUUGGGUAUCCAGUUACCCAGAGCGAAGACCGGCACCGGGGAGAAAUGCAGUCUGGACAGAACCUCCUUAUUCCUGCAGAAAACAUGAAGGGGGCGACGUGUGGUUUGUCAAAGUGGUUACCAAGAUGUUUUGAGUUGUGCUUACACAUUAAGCUGCUGUUUAUACUCCAACAACAUAAUAUUCUGAAAUGUCUCAUUCUUCUAAUGAGUACUUUCGAUUUUUAUACUUUAAGUAUAUGUUGAUGAGUAUCAUUUUGUACUUUUACUAAGGUAGAAUAAUGCAUGACUUUAACUUGUUACUGAAUAUUUCUAUAAUGUGAUAUUGCUUCUUUUAAAACAUAAAAGCACUUCCUCCACCACUCUUGACAUUUUCUCUGCAGAAUUCUGGAGUACUUUUACCGUUGAUACUUUGAUAACACCUCAAGUAAGAUAUUAAAUGCAGGAUCUCUAUUUAAGUAAAGGAUCUGAGUACUUUUUAGUAUGUAGAGAUGAAAGAACAGCAGGUAUGUCCAGUGAUGUGAGGACGUAUUCAGACCUUUCAUUACAAAUAAAAUUACUGCAUUCAAAAUCUGACUCACGCAAAAGUACAGAGGUAUUUUGAGAAAAAAUGUACUCAAAGUAUCAAAAGUAAAAGUACUUGUUAUGCAGCUGAAUGACUGAAGAAGCAUUUUCAUUCUGUAGCUAUAAGGUUGAGCUCAUGUCAAGUAUUUUAAAUACUGCUGGAUAUUUGUACCUAUAAAAAUGUAUAUUUGAUUGUGUGCGUUGGAUGUAAAAAAUCUUCAAAGUCAAAAAAAUGUAGUGAAGUAAAAAAUAGAAUAUUUCCAUCUGAGAUGUGGUGGAGUAGAAGUAUAUAAAGUGGCAACAAAUUGGAAAUACUCAUAGUAAAGUAUGACAUAAAUGUACUUAUUGUAGUGUAAUAAACGUGUUUUUCUAUCACUGCAGAUGCCACGCGUUGCUGAACAUUUUUAGUUGAAUUUAACCGUUCGACUGGUAUGCAUUUUCAACACUUUGCCUUAAAAGCAGUGGUUCUCUUCCGGUCACCUGUGCAUGGCGACCCGCUGCAGCUGCUCCCUCAUCCACAGAGCAUCGCUGACCGCGGAGUCGUCCAGGGACAGAAAGAGCACCUGCGUGCUGUUGGGCAGCUCCUCCACCAGGCUGAUGAGGGACGACUCGGAGCUCCACAUGCACUCCAGAAAGCCCGACUUGUUGGAGAAGGCGUGCACGAUGAGAGGUCCCUGCAGGGCACCGGGCUGGUAGGAGAACUCCCCGUCCAGAGUCGGGACACUGAACGCGGCGGCGAGGUCCCCCGGCUCCGGGCCGUCGGGUGUGGAGGCUGUGCUGGAUCUCAAGCUGACCGCAUUGUCUCGGGACUCACAGGCCGACCCAUAAUCGAUCAGUUUCGGUUUCCCCGCAGCAGCUUUGCUCACACGAGCUGUCACAACAACUGCAAGGAGCCACAACAUCGAGGGCUUUGAACACAACAAUAAACGCAUGGUUUCCUGCCCACGGCGGGUGACCGUGAACUCACCACAAACAGCCGAGCAUUUCUUUUUCAGAGUUUAUCUGAAUAUAAAAAGUCGGACUGCUGUUAAAGUCUCUCAAAAUUACGCUUUGGUGGACUUCCUGAUUCCAUCUAGAGACUUUUGAGUUGGGUGCGGGCCGUACUGCUCUGUACGGUGGCCCCGGAGGGACAUACGCGCGCAAACGGGCUUUUCAUUGGUCGACAAAUAGAGUGAAGGGAUGACGUAUUUUUGCAGGCCAACCACGGAAGUGGAAGUUUGCGUCGCACUGGUUCCCUCGACAACAAGCCGAUUUUGGGUUUAUAGCAGAAAGUAAACUCUAGUCUAGUCUAUGGCAACCGUGUAUGAUACGUUCACGGUCUGAAAUGAGCACAAAGAGACAGAAAACGACCAAUACAAAUAUAAAACCACUAAAAAUAGAUGCAGAACGACCACACAGAGAUGCACUCAAGCACUAACAGACGCAUCAUUUAUAUAAACUAAUGGCAAAACAACAAAUUACCCAAAAUGUGCUCAAUUCAACACACUGUUCAUUUAAUCCACUAUAUUCGUUCGUUACUUUACAGAAUCUGAUGUUACACACUAAAACAUAAAACAUCCAAUCAAGUGAAAUGUUAUUUAUAUAGCCCAAUAUCACAAAUUUGCCUCAAUGUGAUUUACAGUCUUUACAGCACACACCCUUCAUACACCAUCAUUAGAGUAUCAAUUAAAAGGAAAAUCUCCCCCUUAAAUAACCUUUAAUGGAGAAAAGUAUGAAAGAAACCUCAGGACGAACAGCAGAGGAGGGAUCCCUCCUAAUGGACAGACAGACAUGCAACCAACAGAUAUAUUCCUCUAUUAAAAAUAAUAGAGAAAUGUAUACCACCUAGAUUUGGCUAUUCUGGAAGUCCUUUUCCCACUUGUCACUAUAAUCUGGAAAUAGUCUGACGGCGAGGACGUUUUUUCUCGAGUUGAAAUGUUAACAUUCUACACAGUUGGUGAGCCCAUAACACGUUUCAGUACCUAUAGGUCCAGUAUUGUUUUUCUAUGGAUCCAGAGUAUGAAACACAUACUAAUUAUGUCAAAACGAAGCAUAUGUGACUCUCAGAGCGUCUACCCACAUCAUCCACUCCAGCUGUGCGUAAAAGCUCUUGUGCGUAAAAGGAGUUAAUGGACCCCCUUGGCGCAUCAUCAGGGAGGACGCGCUGUUCUCUCUAUCAGCAUCUGCAAUAAUCCAGCAGCGAGGUGGAGACUAUACCUGCACAGUGCGCACACAUAUUUAUCAUUAGCUGUAAUCCAGGAGAAACGUAUUCAGCUUUUACUUCUUUUUUUUUUUUACACAAACGCAUCUGGGUGACAUUUACGCACGGUGGAUGAUGGAGCGAGUUAAACUGGUUCUGAUAGUUUUGUUGCUUCUGACAAAUGUGUUCUGUAAAGAAAUGGAUGGCGACAACUGGAGAGAAGACAUCGAAGAGAACAAAUGGCCAAACUCUGAAGUAAUUCAAGAUAUAUUAAUGAGAAUGACCAGAAAACCAGGAAUGCCCCAAUAUCUCAGCCUCAUGGGGAAGGAGGACUCCGCAAGAGCGCAGAAAGCCCAUAAACGGCAUAAAUUUAAAACCUUUGUGGGCCUGAUGGGCAAAAGGAGCUUUGAGGAUCAAGGUAUUUUACCUCCAACAGAGACAUUAAAUAUACUGGAGGGUAAUUUCAGUGGAGCUUAAACGCUGAUUUCAUCCCUACAGGAGCCCAGUGAGCUGCACAGAAGAGCGAGGAUCUGCGUUUGUUGUCUUACUUUGUUUACUGAGAACACAACCGUUUAUUUGGUUUGGUCAGUUUGUAGUUUCAUUAAAAAUGUCACAUAUUAUCACAGUGGAGUUUGACACAUUUGCCAAUGCUGAGAACGUUUAGGCAAACAGCGACAUCUAGUGGUGAAAUAAAAUGAUGAAAAACUGUCUGGAAAAGAUAAACCCUUCACGAAAACAAACCUGUGGAAGUCCGACACUGUCAUGAAAGAAGGGAUCAACAUGAGAAAGUAUCUCACUAUUUUUACAUACUUGGCCAAAAAUAUAAAGAUUUCUGAUUAUUUUAAUAAAAUUUCUGAUUAUUUGGAGUUGCUAAGUAAUUAUCUUAAAUUCCCUCACUACAAUGACUUAAAGGAACUUUAUUUUGACAGUGAUGGGCUUCCAUAAAAACUCAACAGUAAUAUUUAAACAUAAAAACUGUCAUUUCAAACGCAUCCACACCAGUUUUCAAAACAAACCCAUCUCACUCCUCAAUAUCAUCACAGGUUUAUUAAGUGACUUUGUACAAUACAAAUGAAAAAUAAAAUUAAAAAUACAGAGAUGGAGUACAUAGCCAAAGCAAACUGCGGUGUUGACUCUUCAUUUUCCACAGAUAGUUACCGCAGAGUGAUUGAAAUAUUGUUGUAUUUCCUAAAGCAUCGAUGGAUCACCGUUAAAUGUGUGUUUCUGUUAAACAGUGGACGCUGCUCUCAAGUCUGAGGAUUUGUUUCUAAACAUACAAAAGAAGUUAUUACUCCAGCUGGCUCGGUAUAUAUAAAAAUAAACUAAGGUGAAAUAUAACACUUAUGACAUUAUAAAUGGUGGUCCAAGGCUAGUGGAAAAGAGCUAAACACAGAGGAAAAAGAAAGCAUUACAUUUGUUUGUUUUUUAUCUA